AUGCGUUUGCUUUUGGCACUUUUCGCUUUCCUUGUGGCGCUCCUCGCCGAGGCGAGUGACAUCGUCGAAGUGCGGGUCUCUCCUUUUCCCAGUGCUUCAAGGCCCUACAAUCCAACGGAAGUUCGAGCACCUAUGGAACGAAUAGGCGAAGACUUGCGGGUGGACCUUCAGACUCAGACUCAUGCGACGUAUGUGUUGCUCAACAUAACCUGGGCACCGAUGCCAGGCACAGCGCUGGACAGGCUGGAGGCGCACAGGUUAAUGUAUUCCUUGGGCCUAGUGGGUAACCAAAAUAUCUGA